CCUCGCCCCGCCUCCUCCCGGCACGCCCUGCUGCUCCCCGGCUGCUCCGACCGAACACACCCGGUGCUCCAUCCAUCCAGGGCGGAUUAACGGACUGAACGGCUCAGGCACCGACACGACGGAGCAACAACACCGGACACACGGUUGUUAUUUGACCUCUGGGGUGAAACGGUCGGCCGGCGUCCUGUAGCAACAGACGCCCUCCAUGCUUAGCAGGGACACAAAGUUGUCGGGGUCAAACUGCAACCCGUUUAUAACCAGGAAACCAGCUCAUUGAUCCAAGAGGACAUGGUGAGUGUACCUGUGUAACCUGGUCCAGUUAAGACCUGACCUGGGAUCUGGCUGCAGCCUCAUAAUAAUCCUCUAAAGAGCAUUAGCGGGCUAACUUUGGCCCUGGACUGUGACAGCGGCGACUUCACUUCAGGUUGUUCGCCAUGAUGCAGAUAUCUGAAUCCUACAACCAGAAGAACUCGCUCUUCAACGCCAUGAAACGCUUCAUUGGCGCCGUCAACAACAUGGACCAGACGGUGAUGGUGCCCAGCCUGCUGCGGGACGUCCCGCUGGACGAAGCAGAGGACGCAAAGGCGGUGAGGACCGCUAACGGUGCCGCAGCCACCAAUGGCUACUUCCAGCAGGACGCCGACAUGUAUAGCUCGUACGUGCUGCUCAAGUCCAUCCGCAAUGACAUAGAAUGGGGCGUCCUGCAGGGCGACGAGCGGCGGAAGGAGAAGGCUGGCGUGUCGACGGAGGCAGUGGCGGUGACGGAGGACGACCUGGAGAAAGAGUUUCAUUUCCACCUGAAUGGACUCCACUCGGUUCUGUCCAAACUGACGCGCAAGGCUAACACGCUAACGACCCGCUACAAGGAGGAGAUUGGCUGCAGGAACUGACUGAGGACGGAUUCAUUUAUAGAAAUUAUAUUCAACCGUAACCCUGUCUUUGAACACGUUAGCUCAUUUACUACAAAGCAGCUUUAGUUUCAGUUCUGGGAGGAAACUAAAGACAAAUCUACACUUUAUCCGAUCAAUAUCUGGGUAUCAUUUAAUAUUUGUAAUACCCAAGUUCAAGGUUCAGCGUGUUAAUCUGUAAAAACACUGUAGACAACAACAGGCCAAACACAAGAUUAUAGGUGAAAAUAAAAGUGUGUCCCCCGAUGUCGGAGCUAUUUACAAUGACACGUUCAAAGUCUCAUCUUAAUAAUAUUUACAGGUUUAAACAGGUUUGAAUAGCCUCUAAAACUGUUGUCUACUAGUAAGACCAAACUGUUGUUUUUGUCUCCUUUAAUUUGAAUAAUUAAUUAUAGAAGAGAGAAAACCCUCUAGUAAUCGUGGUUAGUUAGUUACUACAAAGUUAGUUUGUAGUCAAGGAACUAUCUGAGCAGAAAAAAUUAAAAUAAAUCAAAUAAAAACGUACACUGAGUGAGAAUCACCGGAUCUGUAGAUAUCUGGGAAAAUUAUGACAAUAUAAUGUUGACUUGAAUUCGAAUGUCUUGAUCAGUUUGCUAGUCAUACUCAGUCCUACUCAGUUGUUUAAACAAAAGGGGACCUGAGUAUCGUCCCUUGGGGGACGCCAAAGGACGGAAAAUUGAGUAAUAGGUACUAACAAAAAUCUUGACCAUUCUUGUUUCGUCCUGUCUUUUGUGAGUCCCACAACUUCUUCAAAUGCUAGAAAAAGAUUACACUCGCCUUAUCCUGUGUUUGACAUUCGGAUAACGUUCAACGGGGGCGACUAUCAAAUGUCAAAGUGUCCUUGAACACACCGCCGCUCAGUGAUAGCGUAAACCAGAAAGUGAACUCCUUCUCCCCGAAAGGAUUUGUAGUUAAUGAGCUGAAAUGUGCAAAAACACCAGUGUGGUUUGUUACAGAGCGUUUAUAUUUAUCACAAAGGGACUGAGGGGUCGAGAUAGGGCAAAUAACUGCAGCGAGAAACUGAUAUAUUCUCCAGUUGUUUGUCCGACUGUAUUUACACUGUGGAUGUUUGCAGGGUUUUUUGUCCGUUUGUCCUUUUCUAAACUAUGCAAACACACUGAGACAGAACUCGGCUUUAAACAUCUACAAACUGUUGGUUUAAAGAAGAUAAUGGACCUUUUUCUCAGCAGAAAUAGUAGGGUAAGAAAAGCUGUGAAAAAGAUCUUGAGCUGACAAAAUUCAAUACGGCUCUGGUGGCUGAUCACCAUAAAAAAAACCCCAACGGUUCUCAGUUUGCAGCUUCUAAAAUUAGGGUUUAUUUUCAUUAUUAUGAACCCGAUUGGCAUUUUUUUGAUUAAUCAAUUGUUCACUUUCAGUAUUGUUAUUGUUCAGUCUGUAAAAUGUCAGAAAACUGUGAGCUGACGUCUCCAAAUGUCCGACCAACAUUUGAAAACCUGAAGAAAUCUUCACAUUUCAGAGGCUAGAAAGAGUGUUUCUCCGCUACUUUAAAGUGGUAAAAUAAAAAAAAGUUGGUGUUCGUCAGUCUGACUGAAGCUGUGUUGACUCAUUUCGUCAGCCGUUAGUACCUGAUGAUAUUUAUACAAAACCCAUUCAGAACUGUAGCUCGAUUAUCCUGAACUUAAAAGAAAGAAAAGAGUAAAAGACGGAUUUUCAUCCAUCCAGACAUAAAAAGUCUUAAAUAUAAAGUCUGAGAAAUUAAAGAAAAUCUUUAAUAAUGUGGUCGAUGACAUUUCUGUGAAAAAUACUGUAUUUGUUACAUAAACAGCUAUGCAUUUUUCUAUUUAAUGUCCAGCUUGGCAAUUAAAGGUUUUGAUGAGUA